AUGUCAGAACCUAUUCCACAGAACAUAAUUAAUCAAGAGUUUCAAAAGAUCAAAGAUCUUAGAGAAGUGAGCCUAAAUGAUGAUAUAAAAUUAUAUCUUUAUAAAUCUCAGGAAUCCUUUAAAACGCAGCCCACAUUAAACCCACGGGGCCUCUGGCAAACGACCCUCCUACAUUGGGCAGCGGCAGCAGACUGCGCCAAUAUUGUGCAAUACCUUGUGAAAAACGGUGCCAAUGUUAAUAUAAAGGACAAAAAUAGAAGAACACCUCUAUUCUGGGCUGCCGAGAACUGUGCAUUUCAAACUGUGGUUAUCUUGGUGCAGAAUGGUGCUAAUGUUAAUGCCGAAGAUAAAAACUGGGGGACGCCUUUGUCAACAGUGAUCGAAGCAGGUUUAACGAAUGCUCUGUCUAAAAAGGAGGAUUGCUCCAAAAUCAUUGGAUACCUGGAAGAAAUGGGAGCACAAUACGAGCUCAAGCAUUCGUGGUGGGAAAGAACAGCUUGGGCUUUAGGAGGAAAUGCUAAACCUAUGGCAGUUGCACCGAUUUGUCAUUGCGUCGAUUUUAGAGUUAGAAGGGCUUAG